GAUCGACAUUACGGUACACAGGAAUUUCGCUUUAGCCUCCUCUCCGACUUUGUGUCUUUGCCACAAAGAAAUCUCUUAAGAUGUUUCGAAAAUGUAAUUGGUCAUAAGUUUCAUUCCGAAGACAGUUGGAGGCCAGAGGGAAAG